CCCGCCCAGUGUCCCCGGGAUGAGGAGAGGACGAGAGUUUCUACAGAAGAGAACAGGGAAAUGAAGUUGUCAGACAGGCCAACCCUGCAACUCUCUUUCUACAACUAGGCAGCUAGCAAGUUAGGUGACAGACGGUCACGAGUAGGGAGAUUUAGAUGAAAUAUAACAGCUAUGAAGGUCGUCUGUUUGAGCAACUUGUAGCUACAGUUACUACACGUUGGACAGCUACAGCCACAGAUCUCAGAUAACGUUACAGACGUUUCAAAGUAGCGUUACAGUGGAAAAAGGAAAGUGGGGACAACUUGCUAGCCUGCUAGCUAACCUUUAGCCACCGAGCCUCCUUCAGCUUCAAAACUACAGCUCAGUCGAGUUUUGGGGCUUGGAUCACCAGUCUUCAGUCAUGCCUUUUCCUUUUGGGAAGUCUCAGAAAAGUCCAGCUGACAUAGUGAGGAGUUUGAAGGAGAAUGUGGCAUACUUGGAAAAGAUGGAUCCUGGGGACAGCAAAAAGUGUGAAAAGGUUGCAGAAGAGGUGUCCAAAAACCUGGCUUCACUGAAGGAGGUACUCAGUGGAACAGGUGACAAGGAGCCUCAAAGUGAAGCAGUAGCUCAGCUUGCACAAGAGCUGUACAACACCAACUUGCUCAUUGCUCUCAUUGCAAACCUGCAGAGGAUUGAUUUUGAGGGAAAGAAGGAUGUGGUUCAUUUGUUCAGCAAUAUUGUGAGACGUCAGAUUGGCACCCGUACGCCCACGGUGGAAUACAUCUCUACGCAACAACAGAUCCUCUUCAUGCUUCUGAAAGGAUAUGAGAGUGCUGAAGUGGCUCUGAACUGUGGAAUGAUGCUGAGAGAGUGCCUGCGUCACGAGCCUUUGGCACGGACGGUGCUCUUCUCUGAAGAAUUCUACUGCUUCUUCCGUUAUGUUGAGCUCUCAACCUUUGACAUUGCCUCAGAUGCUUUUGCUUCAUUCAAGGAUCUCCUCACAAGACACAAGAUUAUGUGUGCAGAUUUCCUGGAGAACAACUAUGACAGGGUGUUUACAGAAUAUGAGAAGCUGCUGCAUUCUGAGAACUACGUCACCAAACGACAGUCUUUGAAGCUGCUUGGGGAACUUCUCCUGGACAGACACAACUUCACUGUCAUGACAAAGUACAUCAGUCGGGCUGAGAACUUGAAGCUGAUGAUGAACUUACUCAGAGACAACAGCCGAAACAUCCAGUUUGAAGCGUUCCAUGUGUUCAAGGUUUUUGUUGCAAACCCCAACAAGACUCAGCCUGUGCUGGACAUCCUGUUGAAGAACCAGACCAAACUUGUGGAGUUCCUGAGCCACUUCCAGACCGACAGAUCGGAGGAUGAGCAGUUCUGUGAUGAGAAGAACUAUCUGAUUAAACAGAUCCGGGACCUGAAGCGGCCCGCAGCUCCAGAGGAAGCUUAAAACAGUGGGGAAGACUGCUCCAUCAGGUGGUAGAUGUACAGGUGGUGGCUGGAGCUGCAGAGAGAGUCUAAAAGAUGUGCUUCAUUAAGAUUUAAUAUUAACUACAAAAUAUAGAAAAAGAUUACUUCCUUCACUUUCAGUUUUUUUUUAGUGUGGAUGUGGAGGUGAUUUCCAUCCAGCAACCUGAGUGGGCCAAGAACUGUUAUUUAAACCAUAGUGCUUCUUCUUUAGUGGUAAUGAAAUGCAUUUAGUUCGUUCAUGUAACGUUGGACCUUAAACUGUUGCCCUUCCACACACAUUGUUGCUGGCAGAGACCGUAGAAUGACAAAAACGUCGCCCCAUUUAGAACCAACACAUGUUCUUGAAAGUCUUUCUCAGAAAAGUGUCUAUAUUUUAGAGAUUGAGAAGCGGAGGAGAAGUAAAUAUAUUAUUUUUCUAAUGUAUCUUCAUGGUAAACAGUUUAAAACACACAGUAACCCUUCUCUCUGAACAUUAAGUCUAACUAAUUGCAUAGGUUUGGUUUAUUGCCUUAGUGUAUGCUGUUGUGUUACACAGAGACUCUUUAGAAAUACGGCUUUGGCAGGGUGACGUGGAUCAUGCCGGCCAGGUCAGCACAAAGUACUUUUUGGUGAUUUAAUGUGUAGUUAUUUGGCCUCUGGUUGCAUGUGUGAGGUUACAGAGGUCAGAAAAUGAUCCUGCAGUGCUGUACUCGCCGAUGCAUUAGCUGGCACAGGAAGAGGAAAUCAAAACCGUAGAGGAAUCAAUUAAUUGUGCUGUGAUUUUUAGGCUGCGCUCAGCGAGGCUUACAUGACUGAAAUAGAAACAAGGCAUCAGAUAAUGCUGCAGGGUACCAGCUAUCCAUCCAACGCUCACAUGGACAGCCAGGAUAUACCAAUUGAUCUCACUGGGAGCACUCUGUCUCAUCCACACAUACAGAGCACAGAUAGACACGAUUCAUUUAAAAAUAAUAACAUUUAAUUCAUGGGGUGUUAAACUACUUGAUGUAUGCCACCUCAGGCAUUUCUCUUUUACAGCAUAAGCACUGCGUAACACAAGAAAUAAUAUUGCAGUUUACAAGGAGGUGUUGUGUAUGAAGAUGCAUCAUAAGUAUGUUACCCUGUAAAUCUAUCAUACUCAAAUGAGAGCAUGGUGUGUGUUAUUUAAAAUGAGUCGACAUGCUGCAGAGAGUUCAUACUAGCUUUUAUGAACGGAUUGCUUUCUCCAGAAUAGGUUCCCUCAUUUCGCUUUCAUUUGACAAAUUUUGAAUAACUGCUACACUGGAAUUGAGAAUUGGGCAGACUGUAGGUAAUGGACAUUUAUUUGACGGGAUACUAGAUCAGGGAUAGUUCCAAUUUUUUGAAGUGAGGUUGUAUGAGGUACUUAUCCACAGUCGGGAAGGGGGGCAGUGUGUUCUAACCACCUAAGAAAAUCAAUAUCAGUUUAAGUGUAUGCUAUAUUUAGAAUAUUUUCAUCACACUACCUUACUGACAGGCAGCCCUUUCCAACAGGGAACAGAAGCUGUUAUCGAUGCUCUCUUAAAAGCCACCAGACUCUGUUGACGAAAACAGUAAUUUUAUCUCGCAGAGCAAAGGAGCUGCUGGUCUACCUCUGCCACAAUCAGUUAGUUAGUUAGUCAGUCUUAUUGUGUGACUAAUGUCUUUAAAAGAGUUGGAUCAGGUUCACCAAAGUCACACAAUGACAUAAACUAAUGAACAGAUCGAGGCAGUAGACGAGCAACUCCUGUGUUCUGCAGGGCAAAAUUACAGAUUUUGUCAAUGGAGUCUGGUGGCUUUGAAGAGACUAUAGAUGGAUAUAACGGCUUCAGUUCCCGAUCGGAAGGGCUGUCUAAUAGUAUGCAAUUAUAUUCUAAAUACUUUGAUUUUUUUUAGGUGGAUAAAAUCCAUUUUGUUGUUUCCCUCGUCCACUGCAGUACAUUUAGCUUCCAUGUCUGUAUUCCUGCCAGCUUCUCCAAAACUAGACCCACGUUCACUACCAUCUACUGUAGGUAAUACACUGACUUUCUAUAAUCAUGCAACCCCACUUUAAAAAAUCUGGACUAUACCUUUAAUCUCACGUACCCAAUAACUCUCAUCCAUGCAGUUGGUUACUUUGACACCACAGAUACAGUAAGAAAGGAGGGUGGCAGACAUGCGCUAGUUUUUAACAUGCAGGACCUUAAAUGUCAUGUUUCUUUUUUUGAUGAUACAUUUUAAUAGAAAACAUUGUAGCAUACCUGUGAUGCAUCAGACAACACGUCUUAUCAGAUGUCAACACAUUGUCAAAUAACCACGUGCACUUUGAAAACAAGAAUGAGUGUGUUCUGGAUGACAAGCACUGAAUUUACUGCGUUCCUCGCGUGCAUCACUGAUUUGUUUUACUCCUUACAAAGACUUAUGUUAAAAUGAUUGCCUUACUUCUGCCAUUGUCACGAAAAUGGCGCAUUGGGGAUUUCAAGAGUAUGUUGUCUGUGCGCACAGUCUUCUAGUAUAUACCUCAUGGGAUUUGAGUUUGCAAAUGCUGUGUUCUCUUUCCUUUCCUUCCUAGACGAGAUACAUUUUAUUUGACAGUUUAAAACACACAACAGUGGUUUGUAUGCAUGCCUAAACUUGAUGUAUAUGUUCAAACUUGAACAGGGACUGCGACCUGGUUUUCUCAAUGGAAAACUAGAUUUUUAAACUUAAAUAUUUCAUCGGGUGGUGCCAGACACACGUUAAUUCAUAAUGAAUUGCAGUGUGGCACCUUGUAAUGAACGUUGCCUUAUUUAAAGACAUUUAAUGGAUUGUAAUGAUUAUGUAAAAUUUCAGACCUUUUUAAACCAAAGUCAACAUGAAAAGGGUAAAAGUGUACAUUUCAAGUCCCAUUACUAGUUACUUUGUGAGAGCCACAUCUAGUGAAGUGUAUCACCGACUGCAUUAUGCUCUCAUGUGAUUCUGUGAGUGUAAAAAUAUAUUUUAAUAGGGAUCAAUAGACUACACUCAGUUUUUCAGUUGUGGUUACUUAGCUUUUGAAACAAAUCACUAUUUGGUACACUGCACCAGGUAGUCAUAAAGACCUGUACGGAUCCAUAAUUUGAUUUGGGAACUCUGCUGUGAAUGUGGUACAUUAUGCACAAAUAGACUGAAGUCCUGCAUACAGUGCAUCGUCAUGUCACCAGUUUAUGAAAGAAAGUUUGUCUGAAAGUGCGCUUAAGUUUAACUUAACUUUUCAACUCCUCUGUGAUUAUUUAUUUAAUGUGAAACAAUUUUUCAAAACUAUAUUUAUGCAUUUGGCUUAACACAAGUCAUUAUUAAUAUUAUAUAUCCAUGAGCACAAACAAACUUACAGCCUGCUGGCAAACUGCUGCAUUAAUGGCUUUCAUAAUGUCCUACAUUAUCUGACUGUUCAAAAACAAACAUUUCAAAAAGAAAUAAUCCAAAAUAUUGUUGAACUUGGUGUCUUAACUUUCUUGACAACUGAGUCCAGUCAUGACGUGCACUCUGAGAAGGACAUGCUGUACACAGUCUCACCAUCAGGGGGAGCUGUUGGCAACAUUUGGCCCAAUUGUAUUAGUUGUACAAACAAAGCAUUUUGUGUCUCUAUAACCCUACCUCUAAUUAUGAGUAUAUAAAUCACUGGCGAUAUUAUGUAGACAUCUACACAAAUUCCUUAAGAUCAAUAUUAUACAUUUCAUAAUUCGAUUUUUUUCUCUCUCUCAAUAUUUGUUGUGCUUUACUUUUUUUACUCUGUUGCCUUCUUUUUUCCCCUUCUCUUUCCACACUCUGGAUAUUUUCUUUAUUUACCAUGGGAGCGAAUUAUGUGUACAUAACUUUAUAAAGGAUAAAAGUGUGAAAGCAUUCAUGAAAAUAAAACUUUAUGGCAAUUUA